AGAUUUUUCAAAACUACAAAAAAGAUCGCGGAGGAGAGGUUUUCUUGUAGCUAUUUCGACGCCCGAACACGCGUAAAAUUGGAAGAACACGCCUUGCUUGUAGGAAGUCCAAUUCAGGAGGGAGGUUGUUGAGGAAUGGGAGAUCAUUUGGUUUUAUACGUUGACCGUCUCAUAACACCUGCUACCUUGCAAUCCAUGCAAGGAGCUGACGUUCCAGGGUCAUCUGCAGGAGGCUCCUGCACCCAGACUGCACUUGCACCGGCUUCUGCCUGCGCAGAUGAGAGAGUGGUGGAACUUGAAGUUUCCAAUGAGGAAGAGCGACUUAUUCAGAUGGUGGAAUGUCGCAUUUGCCAGGAGGAGGACCACAUUAAGAACCUGGAGACCCCUUGCGCUUGUAGUGGCAGCUUGAAGUUUGCUCAUAGGAAAUGCGUUCAGCGCUGGUGCAAUGAGAAAGGAGAUAUAAUUUGUGAGAUCUGCCAUCAGCCUUAUCAACCUGGUUAUACUGCCCCACCACCUCCUCCUCAGUCUGAAGAUACUGCAAUUGAUAUCAGUGGAGGUUGGACAAUCUCGGGUGCUCCUUUGGAUUUGCAUGAUCCUCGUCUUUUAGCCAUGGCAGCAGCUGAGCGCCACUUUCUAGAGGCUGAGUAUGAUGAAUAUGCUGCUACAAAUGCCAGUGGAGCUGCAUUUUGCCGUUCUGCUGCUCUAAUUUUGAUGGCUCUUCUGCUCUUGAGGCAUGCACUGACCAUCACCAAUGCUGAUCGGGCUGAUGAUGCUUCCACUUUCUUCUCUCUUUUCUUGCUCCGGGCUGCGGGGUUUCUUUUGCCUUGUUACAUUAUGGCCUGGGCCAUCAGUAUUUUGCAGCGUCGCAGGCAAAGACAGGAAGCGGCUGCACUGGCAGCAACAGAAGUUGCAUUUGUACUACAGUCGGGGCAACGUAGAGGUCUGCAGUUCACUAUAGCACCAACACCAUUGACUCCCCGUCAGGAGCCAAUCCAAUGAUUUGGUAGCAUGUCAACGAGAUGUCUCUGAUCAGGUUGGCUUGACUGUUACAAUCCAGUGGCGUUAAAUUGGUUUUAAAUCUUAAUAUUGUAGCUAUUUUCUUCUUGUUAAUGAAAAAGUCAGAAGAUUUGCUUCUCCCUCUCAUUUCUUUGUGUUUUUCCCGGUUCCUUUAAUGGUCUGUAUAUAUGUGUAUGAGGUUACUCAACAGUGAGGUGAUUGCUCUGGAAAUUUGUUUGAUUCGCAGUAAAUUUUGUAUUAAUGGUGGCA